CCUCGUAGCGUAAAAGCACUGAUCGGUUAAUUGCUCUGUGAUCACUGUAAUUUGAGGCCUGAGAAUUUUCUGAUUGUGCCUAAAAUUGAAGCGUUAUUUUACUGAUGAUGCUAUUAUAUCUAGGGCUAAAAUUAGUGAUUUCUGGAUUUGCGAGGAGUGGUUCCAGAAAGAGAAAGAGGAGGAAAUUGAAGAGACGGAAUUCUAUCACCUCAAGCUGUCAUUUGUCAAAAACAGCAAGGUAGUUAUUUACUUCUGGAAGAGAUGGUGGUAGACCUGGGAAACUUAACAGGAUGGAUGAAGACUCUAUUUCUCUCUCUCUCCAAAUUUCGUGGCUGGUAUCAUUAGGCGUGUAUCAAACCCACUUAAUCCGCUUUUUUAUAUUUAAGUUCAAGUUGCAGAUCGUAAAGAAUACUAUAAUUGUUGUUUAACCAUACUGUGCUAUAGAUUAUAGAACCACUAACCAUAGAUAACUUUCUGUGUUAGGCUAUUGGUAGGUACAUGCCUUUCUAUUCUGCUGUCGCUUUUUGUUUUUUUAAUUUUUUGCUUAGCCUAUGCAUCUAUCAGUUAGCUAGUAAUCAUUAGAUUUGAUUAUUUUCUUUGAUAGAAAGUGAUUCACAUUUCCAGGUCAUUUGCCACAAGUAGCUAUGUGAUCGUAUGUUUUUGUUGUUUCGUGCAAAUCCCCAAAGCAUGAAGUAACUUGCGGUUUAUUCUGAAGAUGGUUGUAAACUUAGUUUCUUUGUAAGAAAAUCCAGUUACCAUAGAACAUAUGAGACUUUGUAGAGGAUAAACAAAUGACUGUAGUUUGAAGUGGGCAUAUCACUGUAGCCAUUUUAGGUUCAGGAGGCAAAGGAGAAAAAAGAUCUUCGAAUCAUUUUGUUUCGAAAGACAAACCAAAUCCAGAAACCUUACCACAGAAAAGAUGAAACAAAGUCAGCACUUGACAUUGUCAACUAUUAUUCUCCCUCAAAUUGCCUGUUCCAUCAUCAAGGCUUAAAGUUGAGUGAAUGGUGGACUAUAUCAUCCACCAAUUUCCUGCAGCAACCCUUUUUUUUUUUUGUCUUCCAAAAUGGGCAUCCAAUUAAGUUGUUGAGUUGAAAAUCUAUUCAUCGAAGCUGCUACCUCACAAAAAUGAUUGAUUAGUUCCUCUGCAAAUCAUAGCCAUAUUGAACUAUUCAUUGAAAAAGAUCUCCUCCCACUUCAUCAAACCAUCUAGAACAAGCAUAAGUAUGCUAGUCAGCCUAGUCUAGGUUUGUUGAUAUGCAUAACACCUUGAACCUAGGAUAUUAUAGAGGUCUCAUAACGGAAACCUAUCAUUAGGGGAUUCCGAUUUCUCCAACAUGGUUUUCCGCAGAACCAUGUUCCUUUUUCUACUGCAACAUUUCUUUAUAAUCCCAAGACAUGCUCUUUCUGUUAAUCAAAACCACCAUCCGCUUCACCACUCUUUAGAAACCGAUAGAGCCGCGCUUCUUGAAUUCAAAAGGACCAUAAAGUCCGACCCAAAUUCCAGUCUUUCCAACUGGAAUGAUUCCACUCACGUCUGCUACUUCACUGGUGUUAGGUGCAACAAAGAGCACCACCGUGUCUGGCAACUCAAUCUAAACGAUUCCGGAAUUGUGGGGCCACUUUCUCCCUUCAUUUCAAACCUCACCCACCUCAGAGUCCUAGAGCUUGUGAAUAAUCACCUGUCUGGUGAAAUCCCACGGGAAUUCUCCUCCCUCCGACACCUUCGACUUCUGUUGCUGGAGGGGAACGCUAUCCAUGGCGAGAUUCCAGAUACAUUCUCCCUUCUUGUCAAUCUCUCCAUGGUAGAUCUCCGGUUAAACCAUUUAACGGGUAAAAUCCCACCCUCCUUCUCUAACUGCACUUCAUUGAAAAGUGUAGACCUCUCCUUUAAUCAGCUGUCUGGCGAAAUCCCACGGGAAUUCUCCUCCCUCCGACACCUUCGACGCCUGUUGCUGGAGGGGAACAAUAUCCAUGGCCAGAUUCCAGAUACCUUCUCCCAUCUCGUCAAUCUCACCGUGGUAGAUCUCCGGCAAAACAGACUAACGGGUAAAAUCCCACCUUACUUCUUCUCUAACUGCACUCAAUUGAAAAAUGUAGACCUUUCCUUCAAUUUACUAGAAGGGAAUAUUCCGGAAAUCGGAAACUGCCGGAGUUUGUGGAACCUCAAUUUGUAUAACAAUCAGUUCACCGGGGAAAUUCCAUUUUCGAUCACCAAUGCUACGAGCAUAGAUAAUUUGGAUGUGGAGUAUAAUUUUCUCUCUGGUGAAUUGCCUUCAAAGAUAGUGGAAAGUCUACCUGACCUUGAGUUUCUCCAUUUAUCAUUUAAUCCCAUGAUUAGUCCUGAAAACAACUCUAAUCUUGAUCCUUUCUUCACUGCCCUUUGUAAUUACACCAGUGUGGUAGAACUUGAAUUGGAAGGUAUGGGACUAGGUGGAAAACUUCCAACUUCUAUUGGGAAAUGUGUUUAUCUUGAAUCUCUUUUGCUGGAAGAAAAUAAAAUCACGGGAUCAAUUCCUCCUACUUUGUCGAAUCUUACCUAUCUCUCGCAGCUGAAUUUGACAUCCAAUCUUUUGAGUGGAACCAUUCCAGGAGAGAUCAGUCAGCUAUCGCACUUGCAGCGACUGUUCUUAUCCCACAAUUCGUUGAGCGGACCGAUUCCAGCAGCAGUAGGACAGUUCAAACAACUUGGUCUUCUUGAUCUAUCGACCAACAAAUUUUCCGGUGAGAUCCCAAAAAGUAUAGGAAAUUUGGUCAAAAUAAACUACAUGUUUCUCAAUAAUAAUCUCCUCUCAGGAUCAAUUCCUUCAAGUUUACUACAGUGCAGAAAUCUCUACACGCUAGACUUGUCCUAUAACAAUUUAACUGGGAAUAUCCCUCCGGAAAUUACAGGUUUACACGAGAUGAGAAUAUUUAUCAAUCUUUCCCACAACUUUCUAGGAGGGGAUUUGCCAAUUGAACUCAGCAAAUUGGAAAAUGUUCAGGAAAUGGACCUCUCGUCGAAUAGGUUCACCGGUCGUGUCUCCCCCAGGAUAUCAAGUUGCAUUGCCUUGAGUUUGUUGAAUAUAUCCCACAAUCGUCUUGAAGGGGAGCUUCCGGAAUCCUUAGGUGAUCUCAAGAACCUUAAAGUCCUUGAUGUCUCAGUGAAUCAUUUAUUCGGAACAAUCCCAACAAGCCUGAGUAAUAUCCAUACUCUCACAUUUCUCAAUCUUUCCGUAAACGAAUUCUCUGGAACCAUCCCCUCCGGUGGCAUCUUUGAUUCUGCCACAAACUCAUCAUUCUUGCCAAACGGGAACCUUUGUGGGUCGAUUCCUGGUAUCCCCAGUUGCCGCAAAAGCACAAAAAAACUGUUUCACAAUGUUACGUUCUUGAUUAUAUUUUGCAUUGUCAUUUCCCUAUCAGUUUCCUUCUCAGUAGUCUGUUGCAUGAUUGGAUGCCGAUACUUAAAAGUGAUAAUAUCUGCUGAGAAGGUGGAAAUGGAAACAGAAACAGAAACAAAAUCACAACCUGGAUUGAUUCACAACUUCCCCCGAAUAACAUACAAAGAACUGUUUGAUGCCACUGGAGGAUUUGAUGAGGGGAGGAAACUUGGGUCGGGGAGCUAUGGGCGUGUUUAUGAAGGAUUGCUUCCGGAUGGGAUGCACAUAGCAGUUAAAGUACUACAGUUGCAGACAGGGAAUUCCACAAAGAGUUUCAACAGAGAAUGCCAGGUUUUGAAGAGGAUUCGACACAGGAAUCUGAUAAGGAUCAUAACUGCUUGUAGCCUACCGGAUUUCAAGGCGAUUGUUCUUCCUUACAUGGCGAAUGGGAGUUUGGAUAGUUGGCUUUAUCCACCCUCUGGGCCUGGUGUGGCUUCUUCUUCCCAGUCUUCAGACUUGAGUUUGAUUCAGAGGGUGAAUAUUUGCAGUGACAUAGCGGAAGGGAUGGCUUAUUUGCACCACCACUCUCCGGUCAGAGUCAUACAUUGUGAUCUGAAGCCGAGCAAUGUUCUUCUCAACGAUGACAUGACUGCUUUGGUAUCAGAUUUUGGGAUUGCGAGGUUGGUUAUGACGGUUGGAGGGGCAAAUAAUGGUGGGGUAGCGGAGAAUUUGGGAAAGUCUACUGCCAAUAUGUUGUCUGGAUCCAUUGGGUACAUUGCACCAGAGUAUGGAUUUGGCACAAACACAGACACAAAGGGAGACGUUUACAGCUUUGGAAUCCUAGUUCUUGAGAUGGUGACCAGAAAGAGACCGAUAGACGAUAUGUUUGCCGGGGGGCUAAGCCUGCACAAAUGGGUCAAGAGCCAUUACCACGGUCGGAUAGAGAGAGUGGUGGACUCAUUGCUCGUGAAAGCAAUGAGGGAUCAGUCACCAGAAGUGAAGAAAAUGUGGGAAGUUGCAAUCGAAGAGCUAACAGAGCUGGGGAUUCUUUGCACACAGGACUCACCCUCGACUAGGCCUACGAUGCUUGAUGCUGCCGAUGACUUGGACCGCCUCAAACGGUACCUUCUUGGGGAUACCACUGCAACAUUUGCCUCCUCUCUCGGAAUUUCAUCUUCUAUUGUUGGCGAUGACUAGCGUGCAAAAACUGAUUUGUUGUACAUAUACCGCCGCAACAUUUGUUGUACAAAUACUGAUUUGGUGACUACUGUAGUAGUGGAGCCUCGUGCAACAGCUAGUCUUCUUUUAUAGCCUCAUGAACUUACAAUGCUGGGUAAGAAAAACGGAUACGAAUGUCUAAGUUUGGAAAUACUAAUGCUUUUGAAUUCCAA